AUGGCCGCUCGUGUCGGCUCGAUAUCCGACAAUGCAUCGGGCGGAUGGUAUUCAUAUCGGGCAAGUAAGGCCGCUGUGUUUCAAUUGGCUAAAUCGUUCGAUUUAUAUCUGCACACGAAGAGUGGACAGAGGGCAAUGGCUGUUGUGUUGCACCCUGGGACCGUGCGCACGGAUUUCACGAAGGAGUUUUGGGGUGGCAGGGGAAUGUUGGAGCCGGCCGAGGCAGCUGGAAAACUGUUGGAGGUUUUGAUGGGCCUGGCUCCGGAUGCCAAAGGAGGGCGAGGGGAGGUGUUGGGAUUGGAAAGGAGAGGAGGUUCUGCCAUGAGCUUGUUUCAAACCUCAUUGUCUUUCCUCCCGAGUUGUUGGGUCGAUCCCGGAGCUGCGAUUGUAUGGUCCCUUCAGUGUACACCGAAAUAUACAAGGACGCAUCUCAGCGGACACUGA